CAGCCUGCUGUCCCCGCCAUCAUGAUCGAGAUCUACGCCGCCGCCUGGCUCCGCGACGUCCAGAUCGGCUCCGUCCGCGUUCUCAUCAGCAACGUCCAGAUCGACGUCCAGAUCGUCUCUACACCAAGCUCUCUGCCUCCGGCGUCGGCUUCAACGACCUCCUCGACGCCAAGGCCACCGCCGGGGGUGCGAAGAAUCUCGAUGAGAAGACCGCCAAUGCUAGUGGUACCAAUUCCUAUUGGUACGAUACCACUACUCACUGGUUGCCGGAGGGAGUCUGCCGGAGAGAAUUCGCCGGAGAAAAAGUUUGUCAGUCGAUGCAGAGUGGCUGCUGGAGAAAGGAAAAGAGAGAGAAAGAGAUAGAUAGAGAUAUUAAUGUAUAAGAUUUAAAUUUCAGAAAAAAAUUGUAUUUAAUAUGGGUAUUAAAUUCCCAAUAUAAUUAAUACAAAAAAGGUAAUUAAUAUAUUCAUUUUUUUCAUACCCAAAAUAUCCUUGGUGGGGGUUGUCACCGUAUCUUGUCCCAUUGGAGACCUCGGCCAUGUGGAGUGCCACUUAUUGGGAUCUCACAAUUAAUUUGCAAUGGUCAUGUACCCAUGCCACACAAAAAAUAUCUCCAAAUGUGGAGAUUUGGAGACCCCAUCGGCCAUCUUUAAGAAACUUGUUGUAGGACU